CACUUCAUUCACAAAAACACCGACAAUUCAUACUCUUGCAAGUACUUUACGCUUAUCCUCCAUCAAUUUAAAGGCUCACUCCUCAAAGCAUCAAAAUGGUUGCCAUCAACAAGCUCGUUGCUCUUCUCCCAUUUUUAUUGGUCGCGACGGCAGCACCCCUGGGGAAUGCUUUAAAUCCUGGUAAGAUAACUCAAAUGUUCUCCAUCUUUCCGAUACUAAUAUGGCUCGUAGUUCAUGCUGUAGCAGGAACUGAGUCGACUGCAACUGAUGAGGAUCGCGCCAUACUAUACCGACGUGCUGAGGACGGGGAUGAAGACACUGCUAUACUGUAUAAGAGGUCCGAGGACGGGGAUGAAGAUACUGCUAUACUGUACAAGAGAUCCGAGGACGGGGAUGAAGAUACUGCUAUACUGUAUAAGAGAGCGGAGGACGGGGAUGAAGAUACUGCUAUACUGUAUAAGAGAGCGGAGGACGGGGAUGAAGAUACUGCUAUACUGUAUAAGAGAGCGGAGGACGGGGAUGAAGAUACUGCUAUACUGUACAAGAGAUCCGAGGACGGGGAUGAAGACACUGCUAUACUCUACUGAAUGCUGCAUUGAGACACAAGUAGCACUUGGGUCUCUAAGUUGGCGAUAGGAAUAAUGAUCUCGUUCUAGUGAUAAAAGGUUUGGUGGCACGCAGGCAGCAAGUUGUUUGGUUGAAUUUAGGAUUUCCUAGUCAUAGGCCGAUAAUACGGGCCUGAUUCUAGAGAAUGGUGGUGGUGUGGAAUGAUUUUAUUAGUUCUUAACUCGGGUAUUGUACAUGUUGAUAGUCUUAGUUGCUGAGGUGUU